AUGGAUUCAUCAGAAAUCGAAUCCAAUUCCAAGUUAUAUGCCAAAAACGGCAUCCUCUUCCUUACCUUCACCGUACUCCUUUUCUUCCUCCUCCUCCUCAUCAUUUUCCUCCACACUUUCCGACACUCAUGCUUUCCUAUCCGCCGCCGUAACAGCCACCGUCGUCACCACCGCCACCGACACGCUGUUCCCGCCAGCAACGGUAUCCACCCUUCCCUUCUUACUUCCCUCCCAACCUUCACACACCCUCCUUCUUCUCCUUCCGCCGUCGGCGGCGGCGACAUCUGCGCCGUGUGCAUGUCGGAGUUCGUCGCCGGCGACGAGGGCCGUGUCCUUCCGAUUUGCCGCCACGCUUUUCAUUCGCAAUGCAUAGAUGCGUGGUUCGGUUCUCACUCGAGUUGCCCGCUUUGUAGAAAACCGGUUCAUCCGGUUCAAACCGGUUCGAUCGUUAUUGAACCGGGUCUGGAGAAGUGGUCUCCAGAACCGAUUUGGUGCCCGAAGAAGAAACCGUUGGAGAUGGAGUUGGAAAUGGAGAAAGUGCAGAAGAUGAAGAAUAGUAGUUACUGUAUAAAUAUCAUGGCUCUUUAA